AUAAGUCUUUGCGGGAAGUAACCGCUCGUCCUCUAUCAACUAAACAUCCAAAAUGGUGAAAGCUCACACGUUGAGGGGUAAAAAGAAGGAGGAUCUCCGCAAACAGCUUGAUGAACUCAAGACUGAACUGUCACAACUCCGUGUUGCUAAAGUUACUGGUGGUGCAGCCUCAAAGCUGUCUAAAAUUAAGCUUGUGAGGAAGUCUGUUGCACGAGUAUUGACUGUCAUCAGCCAGACGCAGAGAGAAAACCUGAAAAAGUAUUACCGCAAAAAGAAGUACAUCCCCAUUGACUUGAGGGCCAAGAAGACCCGUGCUAUGAGACGUGCACUCACCAAGAAUGAAGCAGCCCUCAAAACAAAGAAACAGCAGAAAAAGAUCACUCAUUUUUCAUUGAGAAAAUAUGCUGUAAAGGAAUAAUGUGCUGUAAUAAAUAUUGAAACAAGAUUCAUUGUA